AAUUUUGCGCAUGAAUGACGUUUCAACAACCAGGUCGAAAGUGUUUGCACUACAUCGCUAUAGGAACAGCGGCGCUGGCUGCUAUAUCACAGAGAAGGUCUAAUUACCGGACUUUGUGCUGGUGCAGGCUACACGUGAGUCGGAAGCUGUUCCCUACCGGAGGCGCGCGUGCGCUCUAACCACAGCACCGACGGCUUUGCGAAGUGGCAGCAGCUCAGGGAACUAUAGACAUCAGUGUGAAUCGCAGCUCCACUGGAGGACACGCACUGUGCAUCAUCUCCCUCAGCCGUCCGUCUGCGGGUCGUGGAAUAACUAACGUUUCCCCCGAAGAAGCUCAGGAGCGGAUCACCAGCAAGCAAACAGCAGCAAGCAAGCAAGCAAGCAAGCAAGCAGAGAAGUGAUGGAUGAAAGAAUACCGCAUUUGCAGGACAGGCAGUUCAUGGAGCACGCAGAUUUCUUGGGGGUGGAUUACCCCUCUCUCUACAUGUGCAAGUCCAAAAGAGGAAUAAAACGAGAGGAUGGUGGGAAGCAGGACGCAUACAAGUUACCACACCGGUUGAUAGAGAAGAAGAGGAGAGACAGAAUCAACGAAUGUAUCGGGCAGCUGAAGGAUUUGUUACCCGAACAUCUGAAGCUAUCGACGCUCGGACACUUGGAGAAAGCAGUUGUCCUGGAGUUAACACUGAAACAUUUAAACGCGCUGACUGCUGUCACUGAACAACAGCACCAAAAGAUCAUUGCUUUGCAGAAUGGGGACAGGUCGAUGAAAUCUUCUAUUCAUGCAGAUCUGGAUGCGUUCCACUCCGGGUUCCAGGCCUGUGCCAAAGAGGUCCUGCAGUACCUGAGUCAGUUUGAGAACUGGACAACACGAGAGCAGAGGUGCGCGCAGCUCAUCAACCACCUUCACAAGGUGCUGGCGCAGUUCCAGCCUGGCGCGCCGCCGCUCCAGCACCAGCUACCCGCCGGGGACGCACAGGAUGGGCAGAAAGCCGACAGCCAAGCAAACUGUGUCCCGGUCAUCCAGAGGACCCAAGGCGGGGAGCUUAACGAGAAUGACACAGACACGGACAGUGGAUACGGGGGCGAGGCUGAAAAGAGCGACGGCAAAGAUAAAGAAUGUGAGCGCAAUAAGGCGCAGGGACACAAAGCAGUGAAGAUCAAGCAAGAGUUUGGAGAUGAUCGCGCUGCCAAAAAACCAAAGAUGAACUGGCCUGGGAGCGGGUUAGGGGGCACAGACCCCACCAGACCCGAUCUGGCGUUAAUGAACUCUCUGAUGGGAAUAAGCAGUGUGGGACAGCAGACACCUAUUUGCAUGCCUUUCUACUUCAUCAACCCCUCGGCCGCGGCGUCCUAUAUGCCUUUUUUCGAUAAAGGCAACGUUGAAAAGUACAUGUACCCGGCGGCGGCGGCGGCGGCGGCUCUAGCCUCCCCUUUCCCCUGGCUAUACCCGGCACAUGCGUCAGCGGCGGCGGCCGCGGCGGCUGCAGCCGCGUUCCCCGGGUUGUCUGCGCACUUCGGAGCGUCUUCCCAGUCCAAGGACUCCCACAGUCCAGACAGCGACGAGUCACACGAGGCUGAGGCAGGCUCACCUGAGGAGCGCGAGGAAAGUCCCGCGAGUGACGACGGGGAGGGUGACGUUGCUGACACGUUCCAGGAGAGCAAGAAUAGCCCACGUGAUCAGUUUUCCGCCUGUCAAACGAGCUAAUUUGUCUGUAUUACCUUUCCGUGCAUUCUAAGGAGUUUAUGUAUGUCAUUUUUUAAUUAGGCGAGUUUUAAAAACGAGGUUUCACAGAGGAGUUUCUCAUGUACAAUAUCUUGGCGAAACAGGGGACAGUUGUGACGGCGUGUGCCUUUUGCACUUAUGCUAGAUUAAUCAAUCAAAAUGGUUAUCGACAAUGAUUGACAUUAAUACACGGCGGUGUUGUGCUGGAGUUAGUUUUUUAUCCUCUUUGAUAAAAUAUUUUGAAAUGGCAGCAUUGGUGCCAAAACUUUGAGUACUACAACAGUACGCAAUAUCCCAAUCAGCGAGUCGCUUUGGAUGUAUGAAGUUGCAACUGACCUCUGCCAUGGUUAUAAAGAGCCUGGCUUGACUGUAAAUAUUAUUACCUGGAAGACAGUCUGAUUCAUGAACAUGUAAAUGUGCACUAAACGGGCCUAUAAAAGAAGUGCUCCUGGAAGUGUAACGCCCUCUGUACCUCAUCCCCAUCUUUGCAUGGGGUAGGCUGAUUGGGAGGCACAUUACUGUCCCUCCUGAGAAGAAGUGACUGGUACCCCCCCCCCCAACACACC